GAUUAUCCGAGACCUCGCUCAUAGCAAGGUCUUUAGUUAUAUCAGGCGUUUGAGAUAUAAGCUGAGGUCAAGCUCUGUCGCUGGAUUUUUCACUCUCCUCAAGACUCUCCUUCUCGGGGCCAGCUUGCCAUUACUGACCCCAGAAAUAUUUGAUAGCUCGGCUCGCAUACAGGCGCCAACAUGAUGCGCAAGCUCAUCAUCCUCUCAUCGACCUUGAACAGCGCCCAUUCUCUCGUCGCGCGCCAGAGUGGAUGCGACUUCACCCUUUCCACGGGCGGGUCGUCCGCCGGGGUAGUUGGCCAAUAUAGCAACGGCCGGAUAAGUGCUGGCGGCGAGAGUGGCGUCGUUCAGCCAGGAUUCGUCCUGAGAGGAGAUACUAUCUCGGAUGCUCAGGGUCGUGGCUGUCGGUUGACGCCGGCGGCGAACGUGUUCCAGUGCGAUGGCGGCCAGACUCCCCAGGGAGGAUUUGCCAUUAAUUGCAAUGGGCAACUGGCAUUCAAUGGCCAGUCUACGUUCUGGCAGUGCGGCACCGGCGAGAACGGUUUAGCGAUGAUACAUCUUACUCCAGGAGGGAGUAACUGCUCCGAGAUUACCCUCACUGCAAGCGGGUGUAUUCCGGAAUCCUGUACUCCGACACCCAGAGGGCCAGGAGCCACGCCGCUAGGAAAUCCUGGCGUCCCUCCGGGUCCAGGGGGCGUCUCGCCACCGAAGACCGAGACUACUACUGUCUAUGUUACGGCCCCGAGUGUUUCUACUGUUACCGUAUGUGAGGCGGUACCUCCAUACAGGCCCCCGGCCCCCCCGGUAAUACCUCCGGCUCCUCCUACACCACCUAUACCACCGGCACCCCCUGCACCACCUAGUCCACCGGCACCCCCUGCACCACCGCCAGCACCUCCUAGUCCACCUGGUCCACCGGCACCUCCUAAUCCGCCGGCACCACCAGGACGGCCGGCACCGCAUCCUACUCCACCGGCACCACCUGGUCCACCGCCGGCACCUCCUGGUCCACCUAGUCCGCCAGCACCCCCCGCACCACCGCCAGCACCUCCUGGUCCACCUGGUCCACCGGCACCUCCUAAUCCGCCGGCACCACCUGGUCCACCGGCGCCCCCUGGUCCACCAGCACCUCCUGGUCCACCGGGACCUCCUGGUCCACCGGGACCACCGGGACCUCCUAGUCCGCCGGUACCUCCUGGACCACCUGGACCACCGGCACCGCCUGCACCACCGGGACCACCUGCACCACCGGGACCACCGGGACCGCCUGCACCACCGGGACCACCUACACCUGCACCAGCACCGGCACCCCCUGGUCCACCUAGUCCACCGGCACCCCCUGGUCCACCUGGUCCACCGGGGCCACCGGGACCACCUGCACCUGUACCAGCACCGGCACCUCCUGGUCCACCUGGUCCACCUGGUCCACCGGCACCCCCUGGUCCACCGGCACCACCUGUACCACCGGCACCACCUGCACCACCGGCACCACCGGCACCACCUGCACCACCGGCACCACCUAUACCUGCACCAGUACCGGCACCCCCUGGUCCACCUGGUCCACCGGCACCCCCUGGUCCACCGGGACCACCGGGACCCCCUAGUCCACCGGGACCACCUGCACCACCGGGACCACCUGCACCUGCACCAGCACCGGCACCUCCUGGUCCACCUGGUCCACCUGGUCCACCUGGUCCACCGGCACCACCGGGACCACCUGCACCUGUACCAACACCGGCGCCCCCUGGUCCACCAGCACCUCCUGGUCCACCGGGACCGCCUGCACCGGCACCGGGACCCCCUGGACCCCCUGGACCACCGGCACCCCCUAGUCCACCGGCACCCCCUGGACCACCGGCACCACCUGUACCACCGGCACCACCUGCACCACCGGCACCACCUGCACCUGCACCAGCACCGGCACCUCCUGGUCCACCUGGUCCACCGGCACCCCCUGGUCCACCAGCACCUCCUGGUCCGCCGGGACCGCCUGCACCAGCACCGGCACCCCCUGGUCCACCUGGUCCACCGGCACCCCCUAGUCCACCGGCACCCCCUGGUCCACCGGCACCACCUGUACCACCGGCACCUCCUGGUCCACCCGGACCGCCUGCACCACCGGGACCGCCUAUACCACCGGGACCACCUGCACCACCGGGACCGCCUGUACCACCGCCGGGACCUCCUGGACCACCUGUCCACCGGCGCCCCCUGGUCCACCGGCACCGUAUCCUACUCCACCGGCACCACCCAGUCCACCUAGUCCACCGGGACCACCAGCACCACCGGGACCCCCUAAUCCGCCGGCACCUCCUGCGCCACCGGCACCGUAUCCUACUCCACCGGCACCACCUGGUCCACCUGGUCCACCUGCACCGGCACCGGGACCCCCUGGUCCACCGGGACCGCCUGCACCACCGGGACCUCCUGCUCCGCCGGCACCACAGCCAACACCUCCUAGUCCACCGGCGCCCCCUGGUCCACCGGCACCGUAUCCUACUCCACCGGUACCACCUAGUCCGCCAGGACCUCCUGGUCCACCGGGACCACCUGCACCACCGGGACCCCCUAAUCCGCCGGCACCUCCUAAUCCGCCAGCACCUCCUGGUCCACCGAGACCACCGGGACUACCGGGACCGCCUGUACCACCGCCGACUCCUCCUAAUCCACCAGUACCUCCUGGUCCACCGGGACCACCUGCACCGGCACCGGGACCCCCUGGUCCACCGGGACCGCCUGCACCACCGGGACCUCCUGCUCCGCCGGCACCACAGCCAAUACCUCCUAAUCCACCGGCGCCUCCUAGUCCACCGGCACCUCCUGGCCCGCCGGGACCGCCGGGACCGCCUGUACCACCGCCGGCACCUCCGGCACCUCCGGCACCGUAUCCUACUCCACCGGCACCACCUGGUCCACCGGUACCACCACCGGCACCACCUAGUCCGCCAGGACCUCCUGCACCACCGCCGGCACCUCCUGGUCCACCAGCACCUCCUACGCCACCGGGACCGCCUGCACCGCCACCGGGACCGCCUGCACCGCCACCGGGACCGCCUGCACCGCCACCGGGACCUCCUGCCCCUCCGGCGCCUCCUGGUCCGCCGGCGCCACCUACUCCCCCGGCACCACCUGGUCCACCACCUAGUCCGCCGGCACCACCUAAUCCGCCAAGACCUCCGGCUCCGCCAGGACCGUUUCCUACUCCACCAGUACCACCUGCCCCUCCGGCACCACCACCGGCGCCACCUAUACCCCCGGCACCACCUAUACCCCCGGCACCGCCUAGUCCACCGGCGCCGUCGCCGGCACCUACUAAUCCGCCAGGACCUCCUGCUCCACCGGGACCGCCAGGACCGCCUCCUGCUCCACCGGGGCCGCCAGGACCGCCUCCUGCUCCACCGAAACCUCCUGUACCACCGGGGCCCCCUCCGGCUCCACCGGCACCACCAGGACCGCAUCCUACACCACCUACGCCGCCAGGACCGCCUCCAGCUCCACCGGGGCCGCCAGGACCGCCUCCUGCUCCACCGAAACCUCCUGCUCCGCCAUAUCCUUGGGUUCCUCCCGUACCACCGGUACCACCAGGACCGCAUCCUACACCACCUACGCCGCCAGGACCGCCUCCAGCUCCACCGGCACCUCCUGUACCACCGGGGCCCCCUCCGGCACCACCAGGACCGCCUCCUGCUCCACCGGCACCACCAGGACCGCAUCCUAUUCCGCCGAAACCUCCGGCACCACCAGGUCCUCCUGGGCCGCCUAAACCUCCUGCUCCGCCAUAUCCUUGGGUUCCUCCCGUACCACCGGUACCACCACCGAUGCCUACGGCACCUACACCUCCAGCUCCCCCCGGGCCGCCUAAACCUCCCGGCCCCCCUGGACCUCCAGGUCCUCCUAGGCCUACUGAACCUCCAGCCCCUCCUGGGCCGCCUAAACCUCCUGCUCCGCCAUACCCCUCGGUUCCUCCGGCGCCACCGGUACCGCUACCGAUGCCUACAGCACCUACCCCUCCGGCGCCGCCAGCGCCCCCUGGACCUCCAGCCCCCCCCGGGCCGCCUAAACCUCCCGGGCCGCCUAAACCUCCAGGUCCUCCUGGGCCCACUGAACCUCCCGGGCCCCCUAAACCUCCGGGUCCUCCUGGACCCCCUGGACCUCCAACUCCCCCUGCUCCGCCGUACCCCUCGAUUCCUCCUGUACAUCCGGCACCACCGGCCCCCCUUUCUCUACCAAAAACACACCCUGCUCCCCCGGGCCCUCCGGUCCCCCCUCCAUACCCUACUCUCCUGCAAGUUUCAAACACGACUGAAGUCUAUAGCACAGCUCCUGAGCAUCCAACUGUGACUCCCAAGUAUCCUACGACGCCCGGAAACCAAAGAACGACGCUGAAAUCUCCUACCUCACCCGAGGUCCCUAAUACACCACCUGUGAGCCCCGCGAAACGUACAGCGCCGUCAAGCAGCGCCGGGUACGCAAACGCACUCACACGAGCAGAGUCUCCCAAGAGGCUAAGGCGGGCUGACAGUGUCUCCUCGUCUCCGGGGGUCUGUCCGGGGCAACUCACGGGCCAGUGGGAGCCACCGCGCCUGAUCGUACCCGUCGACCGGGC